UUAACUUCAAUUUUUUUUUUUUCAAAGAAACAAAACGUCGCGUUAACCCUAGGGUUCCUGCCAGUGUAGCUAUAAGUAAUCCCUUUGGCGCCUCUUUCUGCCAUCUCUCCAACCAAAAACCCCUUUUGAGAAAGAGCGAUGGUGAUGAUGGAAGAAGAAGCAGCGGAGAAAGGAAGGGCAGUUAUAUUCAGAGAUAUAAGGCGAUAUUACUGUGAUUACUGUGGAAUUUGCAGAUCCAAGAAGUCUCUUAUCACUUCUCAUGUCCUCACCCAUCACAAGGAGGAGAUAGAAAAAGAACGAGUUGGUGGGGAUGAGGUAAAGGAGGGAGUAAGAUCCAAUACUUGCGAAAAAUGUGGUGCUAGUUUCAAAAAGCCUGCGUAUUUGGUUCAACACAUGCAAAGUCAUUCUCUUGAGAGGCCAUUUAUGUGUUCAGUUGAUGAUUGUCAUGCCAGCUAUAGAAGGAAAGAUCACUUAACUCGCCACCUUCUCCACCACGAAGGGAAACUUUUCAAGUGUGAAAUUGAGAAUUGUGAUCGUAAAUUUGUUUACCUAAGCAAUUUGAAAAGGCAUGUUAGAGAGCUUCAUGAUGAGAGUUCUUCCUCCAGUAGUGUUGGAGGUGAGAAGCAGUAUGUAUGCCAGGAACUGGGAUGUGGAAAGGCAUUCAGAUACCCGUCAAAGCUGCAAAAGCAUGAGGAUUCUCAUAUUAACCUGGACUCAAUGGAGGCAAUGUGUAUAGAACCAGGCUGUAUGAAACAUUUUUCUAAUAAAAAAUGCCUCAAGGCCCACAUACAGUCCUGCCACCAAUACAUUAACUGUGAUAUUUGUGGCACGAAACAGCUGAGAAAGAACAUUAAGAGACAUCUUUGCACCCAUGAACCUGUCAAUGGUUCAACAGAGAGAAUCAAAUGCCAUUUCAAGGGUUGUCAGCACGCAUUCUCUACUAAAACAAAUCUUAACCAGCAUGUGAAGGCAGUGCACCUUGAACAAAGGCCUUAUGUUUGUGGAUUUCCAGGUUGUGACAUGAGAUUCUCAUACAAGCAUGUGAGAGAUAAACAUGAAAAAUCUGGUUUGCAUGUCUAUACUCCUGGUGAUUUUGUGGAGUCUGAUCAGCAGUUCAGGUCAAGGCCAAGAGGUGGGAGGAAGAGGAAAUUCCCCACUGUGGAAAUGUUGAUACGCAAGAGAGUAACUCCACCAACUGAGUUUGAUGAGUGCCACACGUUGUUGCAUGAAAUGGAGGCUGAGGACCCAGUAGUGAGCCAUGCCCUACCUACCUAGAUGCGCGUGCAUUCUCUCAUCCUCUUUCCACUUGUGUCCAAGUUAGCUCUUUAUAUGGAGGUUGUGGUGCCUUUGGCAUACUCUGCUGUUAUCAUCUUUUGGAGAAUGGACAUCAAUAACAUGUUAGCCAUUCCAAAUGGUAACAUUGUAUAGGUACAUCAUUGGUGAAAUAUAUGUAUAUUUAAAUCCAA